GGCUUGUGGGAUAGCGGCGGCCCGUGUCGCGGUUGUUGUCAGCGCCCAAGAUGGCGGCGGCCGUAGUCGGUGUCUCCUUGAAGCGCAGCGUCCCCGGGGUGACCCUCUGGGCGGCCGCGCGACAGGCCUGCCGUGGAGCACAGACAGCAGCUGCAGCAGCACCCGCUUCUCAAGCGGUAGCACCACGUAUCAAGACAUUUGCUAUCUACAGAUGGGAUCCUGACAAGCCUGGGGACAAGCCGCACAUGCAGACCUAUGAAAUUGAUCUGAAUAAGUGUGGGUCUAUGGUACUUGAUGCUCUGAUCAAGAUAAAAAAUGAGAUGGACUCCACUCUGACCUUCCGCAGAUCAUGUAGGGAAGGCAUUUGUGGCUCCUGCGCUAUGAACAUCAAUGGCGGGAACACCCUGGCCUGUACCAAAAGAAUUGACACCAACCUUAGCAAGGUCUCCAAAAUCUACCCUCUCCCCCACAUGUACGUGGUAAAGGAUCUCGUUCCGGACAUGAGUAACUUCUACGCUCAGUACAAAGUCAUUGAGCCUUACCUGAAGAAGAGGGAUGAAUCGAAUCAGGGCAAAGAGCAGUAUCUGCAGUCUAUAGAAGAUCGUGAGAAACUGGAUGGGCUCUAUGAGUGCAUUCUAUGUGCCUGCUGCAGUACCAGCUGCCCCAGUUACUGGUGGAACGGAGACAAAUACCUGGGCCCUGCGGUGCUUAUGCAGGCAUAUCGCUGGAUGAUUGACUCCAGAGAUGACUACACAGAAGAACGUCUGGCACAGCUUGAGGACCCAUUUUCCCUCUACCGCUGUCAUACCAUCAUGAACUGCACAAAAACUUGCCCCAAGGGUUUGAACCCUGGAAAAGCAAUUGCCGAAAUCAAGAAAAUGAUGGCAACUUACAAAGAGAAGGCGGUCAGCGCAUAAUUCUGUUUCUUAAUAAUAGGCGUAAAACGCACAUACUGUAGCUGAACGUAAUUUAUAUCUGAUUUAGAAAGAGGGUUCCAACAGGGACUCGUUUUCCAGAGAGAUGCAUGUACAAUAAAUACUGUAAAGAACAAAUAAGAGCUCCUACUUUAUUAAUAUAAUUGAACCAACUUCUCUCUCCCCUGUGCCUCCUGGAUGAAUUUGUAAAUUCCAGCUGAAGUCUGAAAUUGGUUGACCUCUGGUGUAUGCAGGUUACAGGACUGCUACACCUCAGACUUUACUCCAGGAUUCUGGAACUAGAUAUGGGGAAGUCGUCUGUUUCCACGUUGGCACUACAGCAAAGUAGUAACCCGAAGACGAUAAUCACUGCUCUACAGCCAAAAUGCUUCUGAAAUAAAUGUAGUCAAACUUUACUAAUUCUGGGUCACCGAGAACGAAAAUGAUGCUUAAAAUUGUUGAUUGGCUCUAGUUUUUCAAGAUAUGCUAUUGGGUCAGUGUAUAUACGACCCUGGACUUGGGAAUGGCAGAGGAUAAAUGAGUUAUAAAGGGAAGGGAUCUCACUUUAAACCAGAAAUGACUAAAAUACAUCUUUGACUGGAUCUAUGAAUAAAUCUAUGACUGGG